AUGCUUAAAGAAUCUAGCCCUUUAUCUACUUCUUCCCCACCCCCACCGAACUUAAACUCCUCAAAUCAGAACUUGGCAAAGUUAUCUAAAGAUGAUAUUGCUAAACGGGAUUUAUUUGGAAGAACUAUACUUCAUUUGCUUAUCCUAUGUAAUAGACAUGAUUUAUUGAGGAAUUUGUUGAAGAAUGGAGAAGUCAAGUCGAUUUUGAAUGCCAUUGAUUAUGAAAAUGGUUGGAAUUGUUUGCAUUAUUGUAUCAAUCUAAAUCGAAUCAUUUGUUUUAAUAUCUUAAUAGAACAUUAUAAAAAUUCAAGUUCAAAGCUGAAUCUGACUAUAGCGAAUAAUAAUAUCUUAAUGGAUGCUUUAAGAUGUAAAGACAGAAAUGGUGUAGCACCUAUUCAACUAUUAGGUAAUGAUUUUAAAGAUUUAACUUGGAUACCUCAAUAUAUUAAUGAAAAGAAUGAAUUACAUUUGAUUUAUAGAUUUGGCAACCAAUCAACUGAGGACGAUGAUGCAUUAAAAGAUCAGACUGCAGAGCAACGGAAUAACAACGAUAAUAAUCAACCGAACGAUAAUAACGAUAAUAACGCUAAUAAUAAUAAUAAUAAUAAUAAUAUACUAAGACCACUAGAAGUAAGCUGGAGUAGUAAAAGAGGUGGAUCAGAAAUCUAUCUGUUUGGAUCAAACGCAAAUAAUCAAUUAGGAGUCGGUGAUUCAAGAGAUAGGUCUAUUCCGUCAAGAAUUAGUCAUGAUAUAUUUAAACCAAAGACAAGUACAUCAGACGCCAUUCAAGAUGCUCUAAGAAAACCACGUUAUAAACAAUUUGCUAUUUCCAAAAACCAUUCAGUAGUGGUAACAAAAGAUGGUGAAGUAUAUUCAAGUGGUAUUGGGUCUCGUGGUAGAUUAGGUCAUGGAUUUGAUGAUUUAAAUGAUUAUUUCAAAUUUAAAAAGAUUGAAUUCUUUAAUUCAAAUAAAUCGAACAUAAGUCCCGUUAAAGAAGUUGCUAUAUCGAACAAUCAUAACAUUGCUUUAACUACUGAUGGUAAGAUUUAUGCUUGGGGGUUAAAUAGUUUCCAACAAUUAGGAUUUGAUUCUAAUUCAUCAGCCAAAUAUAAUCAAACUAAGGGAUUCUUAGAAACAUUCCAAGCAACUCCAACUUUAGUAGCAGGUGAUUUAAAGAAGAAUUUUAAUCAAAUCAUCGGUAUUUCAGUAUCAAAGGUUCAUUCAGUAGCUUAUACCAAAAAUGAAAUCUUCUUUUGGGGGUUGAAUGUUGGACAAAUGGGAAUUCCAUUAUUAAAAGGGGAUGUCGAAGUCAAAUUAUAUGAUCAAGCAUUCAAAGGAGAAAUUCAACAUUAUCCACGAGUAGUCCAGCUUCGAGAUGAAAUUAAAAGUGUCGAUACUAGUGAACUUUGUACUUGUGUGGUAACUACUAAAAAUGAUAUUCAUGUGUAUUAUAAUUAUCAACAUUUUAAAUUACCUAAAAUCCCAACUCGAUCUAAUACUGAUAAACAUUUUGAUAUAUUCACUCCUAUUAAACUUACUCAAGUGGUUCAAAUUAAAAAGAUUAUUACUAGGAGUACUAAACAUUGUACAGUUUUAUUAGAGAAUGGAAGUGUGGUAAGUUUUUCAUUGAAUAAUUCAGAGAUCAAGAAUAUAAAAUACACAUCUGUAUGGAAGGGUUAUGAUCAUGAUAUGUUGGCUACAGAUAUCGAUGUGUCAAGUGAUGGUUCAAUUGUCUUAUGCACAAGAAAUGGGUCAGUAUUUUUAAAAUCGGGUACUUCAUCAAAUCAAAGAAAAAAUUCCAUGUCAUCUGCAUCUUAUUUACCUUCUACUCAAAGUAAAUUUAAAAAGAUUGAUAAUUUAAAUAAAAUCGUUCAAGUCUCCUGUGAUAUAAAUUUCUUAUCGUUUGGAUUUAUUCGUGAUGAUAUUGAUAUAUUACCCUUGAAGUUACAAAAGAAUGAUUUCUUUAAAGAUAUUGAAUAUUUAUGUCCAUUGAUAGACGCUUCAACCACGAGAAAGCAAGAUCAAUUAUUACAAGUGGAUCAUAAAUUUCAUACCUAUAUUUCAAAUUUCCUUUAUCCUGAUGAAAGUUAUGAAAUUGAUGAUGAUGAAGUUACUUUAGUUGUAUCUGAUUCAGAAACUUCCACUGUUGAUUUAUUGCGUAAUCAAUAUAAUGACAAAUAUGAUAAAAGCAUCCAUAGAAGAGGACAAUUAGAAGACAGUCUUGAUUUAAUGAAAGACGAAGGUGAUAUCAGUUCACUUACAGGAGUUUUACAAUCUGAUCUUCUAUUUCUUAAGAGUAGGUUUAACAAGGAUAAUGUUGACAUUAGUGGCAAGUCAUAUGAUGGUUUGAUCAAAUUAGAUAAGGAUUCCGAGAUAGUCAUUGGAUUUCAUAAAAGUAUACUUGAGGCUCGAUCGUCGCUAUUCAAUAAGGUGCUAAAUCCUGAAAAUGAAGGUGAUUACUUCGUGUGGGAAGAUAUCAAAGUUGAAUAUGACCCUCUAACUUCGACCUUAGAAUUCAAGAACGACAUUACAAUCGAAUCUAUUUUGCUUUUGCUUUAUGCUAUAUAUACAGGAGAAAGACUCGAUAUCUGGAAUUCGUAUAGUUCUCGUCAAAGUUAUCCACCACGUCUUAAGACCAUAUUUGAAGAUUUUCACCAAUUGUUAGAUGCCUUUAAAGUAUCAUCAUCAUUUAAUGGUAGUCAAUCACUCGAAAAAUAUCUCACUUCAUUCCAAUCUAUUUUAGAUGAUGAUUCAGGAGAUGUUUUAGUAACAUUAAGUGAUGGACAUAUACGAUGUCAUUCAUAUAUUCUUAAAGCACGUUCAGCAUUUUUUGAAACUGUAUUAUCUGAAAGAUGGGAUACGGAAGAUGAAUCUAAAGUUUUAGAUUUCAGUGGACUUUCUAAAUUUCAAUUUAUGGUGAUUUUACGUCAUUUAUACGGGUUUGCCGAUUUAGAAGUAUUCAAUUGUUUUGGAUACGAUUUCCAUAAUCAAGAUGAAUUUAUUAAUGAUAUGUUAGAGUUAAUUGAAAUUGCUGAUGAAUUAUUAUUAUUCCAAUUAAAAUCUCUUUGUCAAUUAGCCAUUAUAGAUUUCAUAUCGUUGGAUAAUGUCACUAUUUUAUUAACUCAUUCCGAAUAUUUGUCAGCCCCGAAAUUAUUCAUGAAUUGUUGUUGGUAUAUCUAUAACAAUUUGGAGAUUUUAUUAUUUGAUUCAUCAUUAAAGGAUUUAUCAUUAGAUAUACUUAAGAAAUUAGAAGGACAAAUCAAAUAUUUUCAAAACUGUAAAGUAUUAGAUUUUGCCAAUGAUAGAGGAGAAUUAAAUGCGGAUAUGUUGACUAAUUGGUUUGAAAGUGAUUCUAAUGUAUUAAUUGGAGCCUUUAUGAAUGAUAUGUUUAAAUUUAAUGAAUUUUUCAUUAGUGAUAGAAAAGGAUAUCUUGCAUUUGAACCAUUAAUUGAUGUUAAAUAUGAAGUUAAACCUAUUAAAGAAGCAUCUACAACAGUCAAGAAGAAGAAAUCAAGAAAGAGUUCAACUUUAACUAAUGAUAUAUUAAGUUUCCGUGAAGCAAUAUCUAAACAAAAACCAGAAAUCAUUAGCCCAAUUGCUAUUGAAGAUAAUCAUGAUGGAUUUGAAACAGUACUGAAUAGUAAACAAAGAAGAAAAUCAAAAGUAUCACUUGUAUUAAGUCCUUCACCAACUCCACCUAGUUCAGCUGCGCCAUCAAGAAGUGCAUCUGUGGUAAGUAGUACUGCUAGUGUAGCAGCAAGUCCAACUAUAGGUGGUUCGUCAUCUUCAUUGUUACUCAAACCUAGUAUGGCAGAAGCACCUCAACCGAUCAAAGCUGCAUUAAGUCCAUUUUCAAAUUGGGCUUCUAAGAAUACAAGUGGAGCUGCUUCACCUAUUCUUUUAGAUAAGUUCCAACCUAUUUUAGGAAAAUCUGUAAAUGAUUCAAAUGCAAAUGCUAGAAAUGGUAUAAAUUCAGAAUGGGUUAAAAAGUCAGCUAAUGUUAGGAUUGGACCUGUGGUUAAAUUAUCUCAAAAGGAAAGAAAGAGAUUAGCCGCUGCUGCAGCUGUAGUUGUUAACAAUGAUCAACCGGUUGAAACUAAACCUUUGUCAUCAUCUAGAUCUCCAUCUUCAAUUCAACCACAAACUCUCAAAUUACCCAAGCAACGGAAAAGUUCUACACCCAUAGUUAAUAAUAGUUCCAACAUGACGCGUAAACCAAGUUCAUCAUCAUCAACAACAGUUGUUUCACCGUCAUCUUCAUCAUCACCAGCCGCUACGAGUUCAAUUCAAUUUUCUACCCUUGCGACAUCUAAUUCAGUUAAAGUGGAUACUGAAUUUAAUAAAGUUUAUUCAACCCCAUCUUUAACAGAAGUUAUGAUUCAUGAUUCAUUAAGAUUAGAACGACUUAAAUUAGAGGAAUCCCAGAGAAAAACUUUAGCUGAAAUCCAACAAGAAGAAGAAUUUGCAAAAUGGUGGGAUGAAGAAUCUAAGAAAGUUCAAAAACAAUUAGAAGGACCAUCUACUGAAAAGAAAAGGCCAUCGAAUAAGAAUCGUAAGGGUUCUGGAGGAGGUAAUACACCUUCACCCAAUAACAAUAAAAAGAAUAAUAAUUCUACGAACAAUACAAACGGUAAGAAACCAAAAUCAUCACAAUCCAAAUAA